GUUAUAACGUACAAGCAGACAGUAUCCGCAUGUUGUUGUGGUGUGUUGCUUGGCCGCCUUCUCGUCCUUCAUCCUUCCUCUCUUUCCUUUUCCCCAGCAUACCCAAAAGCUUUUUCAAUACCGCAAGCAUCAUUACUGUUAUUAGGUUUGAAAAGUUACCAAUUAUUUUCACAGCUUGUUCUAGUCUUCCAUCCCAUGGCAUCCCAAGACUCGCCACUAGCGGACGACAAGGACGUUCAGACGCGCGAGCAGGCGUCUCAAACGCCAGCCAUCGGGAAUGGCUCUGCAGGCGUAGACACUAGUGCGCAAGCGCACGAGCAGUCACCCACAUCGUCUUCGGAAGCGGACAAGGAUAUUAACCCAAACCCUUCUAACACCGUUUCUACCUUCGGUUUACCAGGCGAACGCGAAAACGUGAAGCCCAGUGAAAAGGAGAAAGACAAGGACAAGGGUUCUUUAGCUACGACAACCCAGACCCACCCCAAUACAACUUCUACCAGCGCUACGUCUAGCACCGCUCGUCGAUUUUCCAGAAAGGUCAAACCUGCGUCAAAAACUACUAAAUCUUCAACUGCUUCGUCUAGCUCUGCACGCGAGAAGACUACUUCCAAUAAUCAUACCAGAGACGAAAAUAAGUCUGUCAGAGGUUCUCAGAAAAAGGAAUCAUUCAUCGCCAAACUCGUGCGCAAACUCGUGCCAUGUGUCGCUCCCAAUGAUCGUACACAUGCGAUUGAGGUCGAUGUCGACGACACCACGCGACCCAAGGCCACUGACGCGGUCAACGGUGCCUCAGCGCCCGUAGCCGAUACCAGUGCGCCUAGCGAAAAGCAGGUUGAAGUGAAGGAACAGGAACGGGAAAAGCCAAAUCUUGUGGUAGAGGUAUCCCCUCCUGCAACGGAAACCGACCCCGCAGAAAUCGAGGUUAUUGUACCCCCCACACCAACCAAGACUCUCCUCCCAAUAUCUGAAACAGAGGGGGUGACCAGCGGAGCAGUCCAACCUCCAGGAUCGACUGGUGCAGACAUUUUCUCGCCCUCACUAUCAACUCCUGUAGAUGUAUCACACACACCAUCUGCAAGUACCCCAUCACAUGCUGGAGAUACCUCACAUACAGCAACCGAUUCAGAGGGUAGCUUCACGGACGAAGAGGGUCACGGGGAACCGGAGGAGCCCGAAGUGGAAGAAGGGGAACCGAUGGAGGAAGACGACGAAGAUGCUCUGAUCCUCAAUGGAGGUGCAGGUAUUCCGAUAGGGCCUGAUGGCGAACUGCGCCCGCUCCUGCCACCGAUAGCCCCCCACCACGUGGGGCGCAAGUGCCUCGUUCUCGACUUGGAUGAGACCCUUGUACACAGCAGUUUUAAGUCCAUUCAACACGCGGAUUACGUUGUUCCAGUGGAAAUUGAGUAUCAUUGGCACAAUGUGUACGUGAUCAAGCGCCCGGGGGUCGACAAUUUCCUGAAGAAGAUGGGCGAAAUUUACGAGGUGGUGGUCUUUACUGCUAGCUUAAGCAAGGUUCGAGGGGUCAUUUUUAUUUCCUUGAUAUUAUUGACUGAUUUUUAUCGUGUGCAGUAUGCAGACCCAGUUUUAGAUAAGCUGGACAUUCAUCAAGUGGUGUCACAUCGACUAUUCAGAGAGAGUUGUUAUAAUCACAAGGGGAACUAUGUCAAGGAUCUUUCUCAAUUGGGCCGUCCUAUUGCGGACACCAUUAUUCUGGACAACUCUCCAGCAUCAUACAUUUUUCACCCUAACAAUGCGGUCCCUGUCUCAUCGUGGUUCAAUGACCCACAUGACACGGAACUCACCGAUCUUUGUCCUUUCCUUUCGGACCUUGCCGAAGUAAGAGAUGUUCGGGGUGUCUUAGAUGGCGGUCUGUAGGGGUAGUGGGUACAUGGGAUACGAGGAAGAGGAAUAUUACAGGAGAGCAGUAGGCUCGCGAGCACAAAUUCUUUGAGUGUUGUGAUGCUGGUCAAGCUCUCCUGUUUUUUUAUUACAGGUCAAUGCAACGCACUUCACAUCCCAAUGUUGUGCACUAUCCCACAAGUUCUAUCGCAUCCUUGCUCUACGUCUCGAUGGCGCCUUUGGCCGAUUAUGCGAUCUUUUCUCUUUCCGCCCUCUCCGCAUUGCCCUCAUCAUGACCCCUUUCACCCAUCCUGCAUCUGUUACGAUUUCCCAUG